GACGGCGGACCGUUUUUGGAAAGUCUUGGGAUGAGAUUCAACUGAUGGCCCUAGUCGGUUGUGAAACUCAUAAAGGUUGAUCCCCUUCUCGUUUUUUUUGUGAGAGUGUUAUUGUAUCGUCUCCAUAUCCCAAUGUUUACAUAGCGUUCCCCGGCCUAUUUGUAACUAAGUCCAUCCAGUCAUGAUGAUCACCGAGGGAAAAAGUAGAAUCCACAAAAGUGUGGAACUUCCACUUCAGUCGUGAGUGAAGUGGAAGCAAGGGUGGAACAUGGAUGGAUCAAUCGACGGGGAAGAAGAUGGUGUGACCACCAAAAGGUUCAAACGAGUCCGGAGCCGCCAUGUUCAGAAGCAAAGGGAGACCUCGAAACUCAGGGAGAUGAUCUUCCUCAGGGAUCUCCACUUUGGCUUCUUACCCGAUGAUUGUGAGACCGAGUUCGCCGAUUGCUUUGAGCACAUCCGAAAUGACGCCACCUUCGCCGCUAAAUGCUUCAAGUUGGCAUUGCUCAGUCGAAAUGAGGAUCUGGUGCGGGUAUUGCUGGAUCAAUUGGACAUCACCAAGGACAAUUUUCAGAAGAUCAACUCCACUUUCCUGGAAGGGUUAUUGCUAGAGGCUGUGGAAUUGGAUGAUUUUGAGUCGGUUCAAUGCAUUCUGGCUUGGCGAGACGCUCGAGGGACUCAAACUGGCCUCACUGAUGUGGAUAAGAAGUUGUUGAAGAUGCAGAAGAAGGCCCAGGAAGUGAUCGUGGCUGCAGCUGUGAAGGGCAACUAUAAUAUAAUCAAGAUGCUCUACGGCGAUGGCUACAAGAUCUUUGACCGCGUUGGGCAAGACAAGGACCCUUUCAUCUACGAUACUCCCGGAGGGAUGACCCAAACGGAUGUCAUGGAGUCGCACAUCGAACGGAUUCGGAGCUUCAAAGCCAUGGCCAGUCCAGCUUAUAUGGCCAUGACCUACCAAAAGGAUCCUGUGGAGCAUUGCUUCGAUUUCACCCGCAAAGCCGAUCUCGGGAUGCGGAAGGAACCCGAGUUCCGAAGCGAAUAUGACCUGGUUCGUACGAAAUGUCGACAAUUUGGAGUGGAUAUCUUGGACAGUUGCCGUAAUAGCUCGGAAGUCGAGCAAGUCUUGGCGGGCAGCCGGUUCAAUGGUAACAAAGCAUACUCCGUCUUGUACCGAGCUCUCCAUGAAGACCAGAAAGAGUUCGUCUCCCAUCCCUACUGCCAAGUGUUGUUGCACAAUAAGUGGUUGGGAGGACACGAUUCCGAUUGGACCGUCAAACAUGGAUUGUUGAAAGCACUCCAUAUUGUGGUCCUAAUCAUGUUUUCGCCCAUUCUUUGCCUACUCUACAUUCUCAGUCCCUAUCGAGAUCACUCACAGAUCCAAUAUCCUCACAAUGCUCCCAUGAGAUUCCUACUCUGGUUCAUCAAGCUAUUGGAUCGCCCAAUUCAUCGUUACAUCUUGGACAUGACUUCGUAUGGCUUAUUUUUGGUCUUCAUUCUCCUGUCCGUGAUUCACGGAAUCGGAGAUCACAAGAAACGAGAACGCACGUGGUACUUUAACUUCUCAGCUCUUUGGAUCCUCGCCCAAUUUGCCAAGGAUAUGAGCAUCCUGGGCCAAGUUCUCUUGGGCCGGAUCAUCAUGACCAAGUUUCGAUUCUUUUACGCCCUGAUUAUGGACAUUCUCUUUCUUAGUGCCAUUGGAUACAAAUGGUAUGGCUAUGACUCGUUGAAAGGGAUCACGGGUGGUCUUUUGCUGGACCGAACCAAGGUUCUCCCCGUGAAUCAUCCCAUCAAUAUUGGUGCCAACCUGUAUGGAGUGGCCUGCUGUAUGGCCUUUUUGAAAGUCAUUUUCCUUUUUGAGAUUCAUCAUAGGUUUGGACCCAUCUUGUUCUGCAUCAAGAAUGUAUUUUGGGACAUCCUGAGCAUCGUUGGGUCCUUUCUAGUCACGGUCUUUGCCUUCGCCGUGGGACUUGUUUCUGUCUUUGGCAUCUUCAAUGAUGAUCAAACCAAUUUCUCUGAUUUUACUAGCGCCACAAAGACCCUGUUCUGGAUCAUUUUUGACCCCGGUAAGGAAGAGUAUGCCGACAUCGAGCCCACCGAAGUCAAAGGACCUCCAAUAUCGGGUGGGUUGCUCAAGCCUCUCCCCAUUCCCGGAUUCAACGACCAUCUUUUUGCCACCUUAAGACCUCCCUCAGAAGAUGGUGAUAGCUUGUCCCACAACUUCGGAAUCUUCAUCUGGGGUUUUUAUCAGGUGUUUGUGGUGCUGAUCAUGAUGAAUCUCUUGAUCUCAUUGAUGACCACCACGUUUGCAAAGAUCCAGAGAAACGCGGACGUGGAAUGGAAAUUCACGCGAGCCUCAAUUUGGAUCCAUUACUAUGACGACUUGAAUUCGAUCCCAGCUCCGUUGAACAUCAUCCCGUCUGUUUAUAGUGUGCGUAAAGUUUAUCUCUGGAUCUGCCAUCGAGGAAGAUUCAUGGACGAUGUGAAAACUUGGGCUUCGUCAAAGCUGAUGGCCCAAGAAAGUAAAAGAAGGCUCUAUGACACUCUGAUCGAGCGUGUAUUCCGAUCUGAGGAGAAGAAGGAGGAUUCGAGGAUAGGACGCUCGGAUAUUGAAGCAUUGGAAAAAGAGAUCUCCAUCGACAUCGCUGACUUGCGACGAGAUAUACGCACACUGAGGAGGGAUCUCAGCUUGCCCACGUCCAAGUUUUUAACCCCCAGGGACGGGUAUCCAACGCGAAAGAUUUCCUCUGCUUUGACGCCAAGAGCCAAAGAGAAGAAAGUCUCGGAAGAAGAUGAAGAGCCAAUGGAAAACCAGGACCAAUUCAAAAGGUUCUCAGGCAUUCAUGACUUUGCUUCCAUCAAAGUGGAUAACCGUCCCGAGGUUGUGGAACACUUGGUCCAAACCUUGGGACUAAUCGGAGUGAGCACUGAUGAUAUAGUGAGCAAAACGAAUGCUUCCACUUUGGAACGCCACAAUUCAAUCGUUUAAUCUUAUUUUCAACUUGUGACAUUCUUCAUACAACACUGAGUAAUAAAUUGAUCCAUCAAUGAGUCA